AUGAGUAGAAUUUAUGACAAUUGGGAAAGGCUGGUCCGAUCCACGUUAAAGAGAGAGGAGUUUCGGGAACUUGCUUAUGCCCAUUCCAGGAGCCCCAGCGUCAGCUCUGUUCCAUCGGAUUUCAGUUCGAAUUCUCCCCUUCAUGAUCAUGUUCCUGAGAACUUUUUGGACCCUCAAGCUUCUUCCAGCCAAAGCAUCCCGUUUAGUGGCAGAGAAGUCAACCGUCCUCAUGACAUUCUAACCGUUGCUAGUAAGGAGAGGAAUUUUCAGCUAGAGGCUUUCAAGUAUGGUGUGGUGGUAGAUCCGAAGUUCGCGGACACUACUUGGAAAAUUCUGGAUCAUGCCAUUUCCCAAAUUUACAAUCGCAACUAUAUUGACGUCAACUUUGAAGAACUCUACAGGCAUGCUUAUAAUAUGGUGUUACAUAAAUAUGGGGAGAAACUCUAUUCCGGACUUGAGUCAACAAUGACAUUCCACCUCCAGGAGAUGUGUAAAUGUAUUGAAGUUGCUUCUGGUGUUUCAUUUCUGGAGGAGCUGAAUACAAAAUGGACUGAUCACAAUACUGCACUGAAGAGAAUCCGUGACAUGCUGAUGUACAUGGAUAGGACAUAUGUUCCUUGCAACAACAAAGCCCCUGUCAUUGAGCUUGGGUUAAAUAUUUGGAGGGACAAUGUAAUUCACUCUAGCAAUAUCCCGAUCAGGCUUCAAUACACUCUUCUUGAUCUUAUAUAUAGGGAACGUACUGGUGAAGUUAUCAAUAGAGAGCUGAUGAGAAAUACAAUUAAAAUGCUAGUGGAAUUAGGAUCUUCAGUCUACCAAGAAGACUUUGAGAAACCUUUCAUUGCAGUUUCAUCUCAUUUUUAUGGGAAGAAGUCUCAGGAAUUUAUUGAGAGCAGUGAUUGUGGGGACUAUCUGAAGGAAGCUGAAAGAUGUCUGGAAGAUGAAAUAUCAAGGGUAUCACACUACUUGGAUGAAAAGACUGAAGCCAAGAUAAUUUCUGUCGUAGAGAAAGAGAUGAUUGCCAAUCACAUGCUUAGACUAAUUCACAUGGAGAAUUCAGGCUUGGUAAAUAUGCUUCUUGAUGAUAAAUAUGAUGAAUUAUCAAGAAUGUACAGCUUAUUUCGCCGGGUUCCUAAUGGUCAUUCUAUAAUCCUAGAUUUAAUGACACCUCACAUUAGAAACACUGGUAGACAACUUGUUACUGAUCCUGAGAAAUCGAAGAAUCCAGUGGAAUUUGUCGACUCCCUUUUUGAGAAAAUGGAUAAGUAUGAUAAGAUCAUAAGCUCUGCAUUCAACAAUGACGAGACCUUCCAGAAUGCAUUGAACUCUUCUUUUGAAUAUUUCAUCAAUUUGAAUCCUCAUAUGCCUGAGUAUAUAUCGUUGUUCGUUGAUGAUAAACUGUGCAAAGGACUUGGAGUGGCAGAAGAUAUUGAGAUAAUUCUUGACAAGGUAAUAAUGUUGUCUCGUUAUCUCCAGGAGAAAGAUAUAUUUGGGAAAUACUAUAAUCAACAUUUGGCAAAGCGACUCUUGUCAGGAAAAUCAGUCUUUGAUAAUGCUGAAAUAAGUCUGAUUGUUAACCUGAAGACUGAAUUUGCCUACGGUGCAGAGAUGGGAAAUGGCACAAGAGACAAGACGGGAUGGAGGCAAGAGGAAGCCCCAUAUGGAGGAUGCAAUAGUAAGAAUACAAAAAUCUAG